AUGCAGAACACUACAGUACCUGUCGUGUCAUCUCUACCUCCUGGUACCGAGCCAUCAUCCAUGGGUUCAGCUGCAGGUAUCAUCCUGGCCAUUUUUACCAUGUUGCCCAGUCUGCUCCUCUCGUCCGUUGCGUUUCUAACCAUUACUUUACCAACAUGGCUAUUCACUUUCUUGUCCACAAGUCUGACUCUAACUGUCAACAUGACCACUGUUGUGCUGAUCCUGAUAUUCUUCGUCUCAACUGCCAGUUGGGUCGUCCGCUAUCGCUUCUUAAACAUGUACUCACGCCUUCCUCCGGAACCCCAACGUAAAGAGCCUCAAGUUGAAGUCUUCCCGGAUACUCAAGAAACAGACUCUAAACAGGGUUUGGCAAACUACCUGGACGAGUUUCUGAGUGCCAUCAAGGUCUUUGGUUAUCUCGAGCGUCCUGUUUUCCAUGAACUUACCAGGACUAUGCAAACAAGAAAACUCAUUGCUGGAGAGACCAUCUUGCUGGAAGAGGAGAAAGGAUUUUGUCUGGUUGUGGACGGCUUGGUUCAAAUAUUUGUCAAGUCAAACAAGGACAAAGAAGAGGAUCCAUCGACUGGCAUAACCACUCCUGAGGAGGCCGAGGUUGACGAUGAAGGACGCGUACACGGAAAUCAAGGAUAUCAGCUGUUGACAGAAGUCAAGAAUGGUGCUCCGAUGUCUUCACUGUUCUCUAUUCUAUCACUAUUCACAGAAGAUGUCAAGCUGCGUCAUGAUGACAAGGAACCCGAGGUGGGCUCAGGAGCACGAGAAAACACCCAGCCUCGAACUUCACACUCGAAUCGUCCUAGCGGUGCUGCCACUCCUUUGUCUCCUAUUCUGAGUCCCACUCUUGCUGCUGUUGGUGGAGAGCCGCAUACAGUUCUUCAUGGGCUCGAUGCUGCCUCUUUUGCCCAAAGUGCAGUACCCUCAUUUUCGUUGAACGACCCAAACGAGCCCGGCCCGGAACCGAGAUCGAGACAAGGUAGCAGUCAUGAUGCCCGAAGACAGUCCGCAAAGCACAUAUCCGCACAUCCGGAUAUCGUCGCGAGAGCUUCUGUCGACACUACAAUCGCGAUAAUACCCGCCACCGCUUUCAGAAGGCUCACCCGUGUUUAUCCCAAGGCAACCUCACAUAUCGUCCAAGUCAUUCUCACCAGACUUCAGCGUGUUACGAUGGCGACCGGUCACCAGUAUCUUGGUCUCACUGGAGAGGUCUUGCGUACUGAGAGACUGAUGGAUGGCUAUACAGCAUAUGAUCUACCAGACUUUCUAAAAGGAGAUGCUAUGGAAAGACUGAAGAGCAAGUUCACCAAGGAGAAGGAACGCACUGGACCAGAAGAGAUCGCUAAGGGUAUCGCUCUGCACAACCCGCGUGCCGGCCAAAGGAAGAAGACAGUCACUGGUUUGAGAAAAGAAGCCGUUCUGCAUGCACAAGCAGCGCCUAGCAGCCGUCGCGGCGGUGGAGGAAGAAGUGAGUCUAUUCACACGCCAACUCGUAGCAGCAAACUUAGCCAGGAGCGUGAUCCUCUUUCGCGCGAAGAAGAGAAAGACAGAUCUGGUGUCAGUGCUGGAGACUUGUUGACCAAUAACAACAACGCGGCAAGACAUGGUGGUCGCAAGAAUCUAGUACCUUACUCAUUGCCCUUCCAAACUCCAAGACCUCUAGGAAGAGAUGCUAUGAGCCCCAUGGCUAGCAAGAACUUCAAUCCAUUCGACGCUCACAUCAAGACACUUCGUCGUCAAGACUCGGUGGACGAAGACAUGAUCUUCAGAGAGUCCAUUCUAGAUUGCAUGUUCAAAGCAAUCGGAUUGACCAAUAUGAAGGACGGACUUGCAAGAACAGAUUCACUCCCACAAUCCCCGAAGCUUGUCUCAUACGAUUCUAGGCGUCAGAAAGCUGUUUUCAACAACGCUUUCGGCUUCAUCGAUCCUUUUGAUCCUAACGAUGGUGAGACCGAGUCUGUUGCGUCGACAUCAGCAUUCAGUGCGACUGGCAACGCGAACAUCUUGGAGGAUAUGAAGGAGGAGGUCGAGAUUGUCUUCUUCCCCAAAGGUUCUGUCCUUGUCGAGCAAGGAGAGCGUAAUCCUGGACUUUACUACGUGAUUGAUGGCUUCCUGGAUGUCAGCGUGCCCCUCGAAGAUUCAGAAGCUGCGGACUCCAACAUCUUUGGUACUUCGCCUAGUAUUGAUCUGGUUGACGAGCCCCAAACAAUCAGAUCAUCAAUGGGCAGAAACAUGGGCAGUGUCCGAAGACCAAGCUCACUCAACGUAAACCCGCCGAACAAAACACGUAAACGUACACAGAAAAGUCUGUUUUUGACGAAGCCUGGUGGACUGGCUGGCUAUCUUGGAACAGUCUCGUCAUAUCGAUCGUUUAUCGAUGUCACCGCCAAGACAGAUGUCUAUGUCGGCUUCCUCCCCCGAGCAGCUGUGGAGAAGAUCGUGGAGAAGUUUCCCGUCGUGUUACUUACCAUAGCCAAGCGGUUGACCACUCUACUCCCGAAGCUCAUCCUGCACAUUGACUUCGCACUCGAAUGGGUGCAGGUAAAUGCAGGGCAAGUCAUCUACAACCAGAAAGAUGAGAGUGAUGCUAUCUACAUCGUGCUCAACGGCAGAUUGAGAGCGAUACAAGAAGGGCCUGACGACAAGAUGAGGGUCAUUGGAGAGUAUGGUCAAGGCGACAGUGUUGGAGAGCUUGAAGUUUUGACCGAGUCCACACGACCAGGUACAUUGCUUGCUAUUCGAGACACCGAGUUGGCCAAGUUUCCAAAGUCGCUCUUCAACAGUCUCGCUCACGAACAUCCCGGCAUCACCAUGAAGAUCUCCAAGAUCAUCGCUUCUCGUAUGCGUGCACUGAUCGAGGAUCACGCCUCCGAUCACGGCAAGGAUACGAGCAGGAUCGCAACUCGGUCCAAAUCUUCUUCAACCACAAACCUGCGCACUGUCGCAAUUCUGCCUGUCACGGCCGGUGUACCUGUGAUCGAGUUCGGACACCGCUUACUCAACGCUCUGAAUCAAAUUGGUGCUACACCACAACGCACUACAUCACUCAAUCAAGCAGCGAUUCUGAACCACCUUGGCAGGCAUGCAUUCACCAGAAUGGGCAAGCUGAAGCUGUCUCAAUAUCUGGCUGACCUCGAAGAGAAGUUUGCACUGGUUUUGUACGUUGCUGACACAAACGUCAAAUCACCCUGGACGCAAACAUGCAUUAAUCAGGCAGAUUGCAUCUUGCUCGUCGGUCUGGCAGAUGGCUCGCCUGCUAUUGGCGAGUAUGAACGCUUCCUCCUCACGACGAAGACCACUGCGAGAAAGGAACUCGUCUUAUUACACGCUGAGAGGUACUGUCAUCCCGGACUCACACGCAAGUGGUUAAGAGAUCGUUCGUGGAUCAACGGAAGCCAUCACCAUAUUCAAAUGUCAUUCCGUGACCCUACAGAGCCUCCUCAUCCACAGAUCAGAAGAUUCAGUACUGCUAUCAAACAACGCGUUCAGGUCAUCCAAGCCGAGAUUCAAAAGUACACGUCCAGGAAGGUGCGACAGACUCCUCUGUACUCGGCUGAAACUCCUUUCAAGGGCGACUUCCAUCGUCUGGCUCGUCGUCUCCUCGGCAAGUCUGUGGGACUUGUGCUUGGAGGAGGUGGCGCUAGAGGUAUUGCGCAUGUUGGAAUCAUCAAGGCUAUGGAAGAAGCUGGCAUCCCUAUUGAUAUUGUAGGAGGUACAUCAAUUGGCUCAUUCAUUGGCGCUCUCUAUGCAUGGGAUGCUGAUGUAGUGCCCAUGUAUGGACGCGCCAAGAAAUUCUCUGGGAGAAUGGGUAGCAUGUGGCGAUUUGCUCUGGAUCUGACCUACCCAUCCGCAUCCUACACAACCGGUCACGAAUUCAAUCGUGGUAUCUUCAAGACAUUCGGUGACUCUCAAAUCGAAGACUUCUGGCUCGAAUACUACUGCAACACCACAAAUAUCAGCAAGUCAAGAUCUGAAAUCCACACAAGUGGAUACGCAUGGCGUUACGUUCGUGCCUCUAUGUCUCUUGCUGGUCUCUUGCCUCCACUUUGCGACGAAGGCAACAUGCUGCUUGACGGUGGCUAUGUUGACAACUUGACAGUCGCUCAUAUGAAGUCGCUGGGUGCUGAUGUCAUAUUUGCUGUUGAUGUCGGAGCUCUCGACGACGACAAUCCACAAGCCUACGGAGACUCGCUAUCUGGUUUCUGGGCUUCCUUUAACCGCUGGAAUCCUUUCUCUGCAUACCCCAACCCACCAACACUUUCCGAGAUUCAGGCUCGUUUGGCUUAUGUGUCUAGCAUUGAUGCACUCGAACGUGCAAAGACUACACCUGGCUGUCUCUACCUUCGCCCUCCGAUCGAUGGCUACGGUACACUCGAGUUCGCCAAGUUCGACGAAAUUUACCAAGUCGGAUACAAGUAUGGUCAAGAGUUCUUGGCCAAGUUGAGAGAGGAGGGUGUCUUGCCUGUGAUGGAGGAAACAGAAGAGAGAAAGAACCUCAGAAGAACCAUGGCACCUAGACGUGCAAGUAUCUAG